CACCGGCGCCUCCGCCUCCGCGGCCGCCAUUCCUGCGCUCCCGGCCGGCAGGUGCCAGAGCAGAGCUUUCUGAAGACUUCCUCCUAGAGACGACUGGGAAGUUUCGAGACCCCAGACACAGAUUUCUCCGGAAGGUCGGAAAGAAGCCUGUGACAGGAGGCUCGUGACGUUUGCAGAGACGAGAGCCACCUGACCCCCAAGCGUGCUGAGAAAUGUGGGUCCUCAGAGGUCACGGUGCCCGUCAGCUCCAGGCAGGGCUGCGGGUCAGGGCCCCGGGGCUGUGAGUGACCCCCGGACACUCGCCGUGGCCUCGCCCCCACAGGCAUCGCUGCGGAAGCCCUGUCGCCCCGCCAGGAGGAUGUGUGCCCGCACCGGGGGGCCGCUCACCGCCCUCGCCGUGGUGUUUGGGGCAGCGGUGGCGUUUGCACCCAUACCUAGGAUCACCUGGGAGCACACAGAGGUGCAGCUGGCACGGUUCCACCAGCCGGGCAUCUUCAACUACUCGGCCCUGCUGCUGAGCGCGGACGCGGACACCCUGUACGUGGGCGCCCGGGAGGCUGUGUUCGCCGUGGACACUCUCAACGUCUCCCAGAAGCGGCACGAGGCGUACUGGAAGGUCUCGGAAGACAAGCAAGCCAGAUGCGCAGAAAAGGGGAAGUCCAGACAGACCGAAUGUCUCAACUACAUCCGAGUGCUCCAGCCGCUUGGCACCACUGCCCUUUACGUGUGUGGGACCAAUGCCUUCCAGCCGGCCUGUGACCACCUGGACCUGGCGUCCUUUCAGUUCCUGGGGAGACACGAAGACGGCAAAGGAAGGUGUCCCUUCGACCCGGCGCAGAGCUACACGUCGGUGAUGGUUGACGGGGAGCUGUACUCCGGGACGUCCUACAACUUCCUGGGCAGCGAGCCCAUCAUCUCCCGGAACUCCUCCCACAGUCCUCUGAGGACGGAGUACGCUAUACCUUGGCUCAACGAGCCCAGCUUCGUGCACGCCGAGGUGCUGGGCGGGAGCGCGGACGGCGUGGAGGGCGGGGACGACCGGGUGUACUUCUUCUUCACGGAGGUGUCCGUGGAGUUCGAGUUCCUCUCCAAGCUGCUGAUCCCCCGGGUGGCGCGGGUGUGCAAGGGGGACCAGGGCGGCCUGCGGACCCUGCAGAAGAAGUGGACGACCUUCCUGAAGGCCCGGCUGCUCUGCGGCCGGCCCGACGGCAGCCUCUUCUUCAACGUGCUGCGCUCCGUGUUCGUGCUCCGGGCCCCGGACCUGCAGGAGCCUGUGCUCUACGGGGUCUUCACCCCGCAGCUGAACAACGUGGGGCUGUCAGCCGUGUGCGCCUACAGCCUGUCCGCGGCCGAGGAGGUCUUCGCCCGGGGGAAGUACAUGCAGAGCGCCACCGUGGAGCAGUCCCACACCAAGUGGGUGCGCUACAGCGGGCCCGUGCCCUCGCCCAGGCCCGGGGCGUGCAUCGACCGCGAGGCGCGGGCCGCCAACUUCUCCAGCUCGCUCAGCCUGCCCGACAAGACGCUGCAGUUCGUCAAAGACCACCCUCUGAUGGACGACUCUGUGACCCCGACGGGCAGCGGGCCCAGGCUGGUCAAAAGCGGGGUGAACUACACCCAGAUCGUGGUGGACAGGACCCGGGCCCUGGACGGGACUGCCUACGACGUCAUGUUCGUCAGCACAGACCGGGGCGCCCUGCACAAGGCCAUCAGCCUGGAGGGCGACGUCCAUAUCAUCGAGGAGACUCAGCUCUUCCCAGACCGAGAGCCAGUGCAGACCCUGCUGCUGUCCGCCCUGAAGGGCAGACGCUUCAUCUACGCCGGCUCCAACUCGGGCGUGGUGCAGGCCCCCGUGGCCUUCUGCGGGAAGCACAGCACCUGUGAGGACUGCGUGCUGGCCCGGGACCCCUACUGCGCCUGGAGCCCAGCCCCGGCGGCCUGCGUGGCCCUGCACCAGACCGAGAGCCCGGGCAGGGCCCUGAUCCAGGACAUGGGCGGCGAGGUGUCCGCGUGCCCCGAUAAAAGUAAGGAAAGCUCCCGGCAGCAUUUUUCCCAGCCUGGCGGCACCGCAGAGCUCACAUGCUCCCCGAAGUCCAACCUGGCGCGGGUGGUGUGGAGGUUCCGGAGCGACGUGCUCAGGGCCGAGGGCCCCAAGUACGGCCUGGUGGGCGGGACCCUGCUCAUCUUCAACCUGUCGGAAGGGGACAGCGGGGCGUACCAGUGCCUGUCGGAGGAGAGGGUCAGGAACAAGACGGUCUCGCGGGUGACGGCCAGGCACGUGCUGGAGGUCAGGACGGUGCCCCGGGCUCCGGGGGCCUCCUCCUCGCCGGCCCCCAGCACGGAAGGUGCCGGGAUCCCCCCUGACGAGUCCGUGGGGUCCGUCCGAGGCUCCUCUCCCCAGACCCCGGCCGGGCGGCUCGCCACGCCCUCCGGCCCGGCGCCCACCGGCACGUCCUGCGAGCCGAAGGUCGUCAUCCACACUGUGCCCCAGGUGCAGUCGGAGAAGACCCUGUACCUCCAGGCCGGCAACGACCGCCUCCUCCUGUCCCUCUUCCUGCUCUGCUUCCUGCUCUGCCUCGGCCUCCUCGCCUACAACUGCUACAACGGCUUCCUGCCGGGCCGCUGCCUCGGGGUGCGCUCCGCGCUGCUGGGCAAGAAGCAGCCGGCCCCCGACUUCGCCGACUGCGAGCAGAGCGUGAAGGAGACGCUGGUGGAGCCGGGCAGCUUCUCCCAGCAGAACGGGGGGCAGCCCCGGCCGGCGCCCGACACCGGCUACGAGACCGAGCAGGACACCACGGCCAGCAGGGCGCCCACCGACAGGGAGGACUCGCAGAGGAUCGACGAGCUCCCGGGCAGGGACAAGCCCUUCGACGUCAAGUGCGAGCUGAAGUUCGCCGACUCGGACGCGGACGCGGACUGAGCUGCCGCGGGGUCCUGUGUCCGGCGCCGCCGGCAGCCGUCCUCGGCCACCCUCGGUCUUGUGUCUUUUCUCGUGGGGUGAACUCGUGACCUGGUUUCUCUCUGUGCUUUCGGAAAGCGGCGGGCGUCCCGGGGCCUCCUGGUCAGUUGGGGGGCCUGAGACGUGCCCGCGGGCGGGGCGGGGCCGGGCCGCACCCAGCGUCACCUGGGAAAGCAGCCCUGAGCGGCCGUCCGGAGGGGGGGAAGGGUGUGGUUGGCGAGGGGCCGGGGUCGCCUGUUGUCCGGGUCGGCACGAAGCUCUUCUUCGACGUGACUGUUGUUGGGUUUUGCUUUGAGUUGAAGUGUUGGGUCAUUUACUUUUUAAGUCGCUAAAGCAGAUGUCUCAAUAUUUAGAGGAUGCGCAUCUUCUGGUUUUGUUGUAUGUUAGGGUAGGCUGUGGCUUCCGUUGCUGGAGAUUCUCAGGGAUAAACUUACUUUUGCUAAAAGCGUUCUCGCUGCUUUUUGAAACGCAGACAAGGCCGCCUCCUGAGCACAGUGACUUUUUAAACAUUCCUCACGGGGGGCGUCCUUUGGCGGAGUUUCUUUCUGUUCCGUUUUUCUCGUUUUAAGUCUUGAAGGGGAGCAGGCGCGGAGGAUUGCCCCGUGGCCCCCGCAGGGUUUUGAGCGAGGGCGGUGGCCCCCGGGAGAGCCGGGCUGGCCCGCAGCACGGGGCCGAGUGUUUCACGGCCCCUGGCCACAGCCUCCUGUCCCGUGGAGUCCGAUCAUCCGAACGGCAUUUCCUUUGGCUUCCAUUCCACACCCCCCUCGCACCAGCCUUUCCACGUGGCCGACCUGAGCAUCCACGGCCUGAGAGAGCGGGGAGGGCGGGCGCGUCCACGUGCUGG